AUGAUCACCAGCAUUUUGUACACAUGCUGUCUCUUAUGUCCGCUAUAUUUAAUCUAUAAACCACCCCACACAAUCAUCCAAUAUCUCCAACGUCGCUGGCCCGAUGUGUUAUUCCACCACCCCACAGACCAAAAAGUCAUCGCUCUGACCAUCGACGAUGCCCCGUCGACACAUACCCCAGCCAUCCUCAAGCUCUUGCAGUCACACAACGCAACAGCAACCUUUUUCGUCAUCGGAUCACAGGUUACUGGCCACGAGACUGAUCUAAUCGAUCUCAUCCGUCACGGCAACGAAUUAGCCAAUCACGCCAUGCACGACGAACCAUCACGCGCGCUAAGCGACGCGACACUAGCAGAGCAGAUCUCCGCCGUGGAGAGCAUGAUCCGUUCUGCCUACCGUCAAGCUGGUCAAGACGGCCCUGAGAAUUGGUUUUUCCGGCCAGGCUCGGGAUUUUUCAGUUCACGUAUGCGCAGGCUAGUUAAGGGGUUGGGUUAUCGACUUGCCUUGGGGGAUGUUUAUCCGCAUGAUCCGCAGGUGCCUUUUGCAAAGCUUAAUGCGAAGCAUAUCUUUAGUAUGGUUAGACCCGGGAGUAUCAUUGUUUGUCAUGAUCGGAGAGAGUGGACUGUGCCCAUGUUGGGAAUGGUCUUGCCGGAGUUACGACGUCGGGGAUAUCGUGUUGUUACGCUGUCUGAGUUGAUCAAGGAGAGGAGAUCGGAUUCAACUUUAUAG